AGCUGUUGUUUCGCUUUUUAAAUUUCAUGUGUGAAUGUGCAGUUUCUAUACAAGAAUAUACCACAAAAACUGUUGCUUCCACUUUUUUCAUUCUACAUUUAUAUAUAAAGACCGCGUUGUUCUUUGUCAAUGCAGCCUUAUGAAUUGGGUUCUUAGAUAGAAGAAAAUGGGGCAAGUUUUGGGUUGCAUUCAAGUGGACCAGUCAACUGUGGCUAUCAAGGAAACUUUUGGGAAGUUCGAUGAUGUGCUUGAGCCUGGUUGUCACUGUUUGCCUUGGUGCUUAGGGAGCCGGUUAGCAGGGCAUCUCUCUUUACGUGUGCAGCAGCUGGACGUUCGAUGUGAAACCAAAACCAAGGAUAAUGUGUUUGUUACUGUGGUUGCUUCUGUUCAAUACCGAGCAUUGGCAGAAAAGGCUGCGGAUGCUUUCUAUAAGCUCAGCAAUACCAGAGCACAGAUCCAAGCCUACGUCUUUGAUGUUAUUAGGGCAAGCGUUCCAAAGUUGGAUUUGGAUUCAACCUUUGAACAAAAAAAUGAUAUAGCAAAAGCUGUGGAAGAGGAACUUGAGAAGGCCAUGUCGCAUUAUGGAUUUGAGAUAGUUCAGACUCUUAUUGUGGAUAUUGAGCCAGAUGAGCAUGUGAAGAGGGCAAUGAAUGAGAUCAAUGCAGCUGCUAGAAUGAGGGUGGCUGCCAAUGAAAAAGCUGAAGCAGAGAAGAUAUUGCAGAUUAAGCGAGCUGAGGGAGAUGCAGAGUCAAAAUAUCUGGCAGGUCUUGGUAUAGCUAGGCAGCGCCAGGCCAUUGUAGAUGGGCUGAGAGACAGUGUUCUAGCUUUCUCUGUGAAUGUUCCAGGGACAACUUCAAAGGAUGUUAUGGACAUGGUUCUAGUGACCCAAUACUUCGACACCAUGAAGGAGAUUGGUGCAUCCUCAAAGUCCAACUCUGUGUUCAUCCCUCAUGGACCUGGUGCCGUGAGAGACAUUGCCAGCCAGAUCAGGGAUGGUCUUCUUCAGGCCAACUCAAGCCAAUAACAUUUCGAGUUUCUAUAGUAUUUGAACAAGUUUGUUGGUAUUGUGAAAAGCUCUUUGAUCUUGCUUUCUCUACUUUUAUAUGGUACAGAAUCCUCAAUAAAUGUCCGUAACAGGAUUACCUUCCUGGAGAAAAAUAUUUAAGUGUCCAAGUGUGUAAUCACAGUACAUUUCUUUCUAUGCUUCGAAGUAUUAGUAAUGAACGGAGUCCCAAUGUUGUUCAUAGUAUUUAUGUUGAACUUGGUUGUGAUGUGCUAAGAUGCAUCCAUGAUGUUGAUACAAGGAAAUAUUUGGAGUUGUGGAUUGCAAGUUUAUAAUCA